CCUCUUUGGAUUUUCUCUCUCCUCCUAUAUAUAUGGGCCAUAGAGUUUUACUGUUGUGAUACAAUAUGAAGGUAUCAAAGCAAAGCAAAGGUGUUGUUAGAGAGAAUAAAAGCCUUUGCUUUCUCCUUUGAGUUAGGUUUCUUUGUAAUUUGAAAGAGAACUAGCUUCUUCUCUUUUGUUGUUCUUGUUCUUGAGGUAAAGAAAAUAAAUCUUUAAUCUUGAAUUAUUUGGCUGAAAGACAUGUCGAGCUGCAUCGGUGUUGUGCCUGAGCAACUCUGCUACAUCCCUUGCAACUUUUGCAAUAUUGUUCUUGCGGUGAGUGUACCAUGCAGCAGCUUGUUUGACACCGUGACCGUCCGAUGUGGCCACUGCACCAAUCUCUGGUCCGUGAACAUGGCAGCUGCCUUUCAGUCACUUUCAUGGCAAGAUGUUCAGGGACCAAACUACACCUUGCCAGAUUACAGAAUUGACAUGGGUUCCUCAUCCAAGGGCAAUAACAAGAUCUCAAUGCGAGCCCCAGCAAGUAAUGUUUCUGAGGACAGGGUCGUUAAUCGACCUCCCGAGAAGAGGCAGCGAGUACCUUCUGCAUAUAACCAGUUCAUAAAAGAGGAGAUUCAGAGGAUCAAGGCAAAUAACCCUGAAAUUAGCCACAGAGAAGCAUUCAGUACAGCUGCCAAAAAUUGGGCACAUUACCCUCACAUCCAUUUUGGCCUUAUGUUGGAGACCAGCAGCCAAGCUAAGCUGGAUGAUGACUCUGAGAAGCACCUAAUGUCAAGGGCUGCACUAUAUAACAAAUGAUAUGGUCUUGAUUUUUCAAGAAAAACUUCAUGGAAGUAUAUGCUCUUGAAGUAAAGAAAGUGUUGGCCCCAAUGUGUUAUAAAGACACAAAUUAAUAUCUAUAUCUAUAUCUAUAUUAAUUCCUUCGUCUUCAAUGUAUUUGCCAUGACUUGAACUAAGCUACUUUCUUAUCUUGUCAUUUCUAUGAAUACUUCAGUUUCCAAGUCAAUAUAAGGCUCAAAUAAAUUUCAAUUUA